AUGGCCCGUAAGAAGUCUAUCACGGAGAAGGCUGACAAGGCCCCCAAGACUCUACAUGACCCGGCAAGUGAGGAGGAGACCGAGGACCUGACUCCCCUCGAGUUCCAAGAUGAACCUGCCCCCGAAGAAUCUGGUGGUAUGUUGACCCUCCCCCUCAAGGGGAGUGCAAGCCGUGGUGCACAAGCCAAAGCAGCCAUCGACGCUGCCGCUCUGUCGAAGGCUUUGACGGCCGCCAAGAAGAAAAGCGAGAAGGCGGAGAAGCAGGCGCAAAUUCUAAAGACCGAGUGUCUCGCCUCCGCCAAGGCGUCCGGGAAAGUCGCCAUUGUUCGCAAGCCCCCGGGCCUGUCCCUCCUCGAGCCUGAGGCGCAGCCGUUGCUCUCACCGCAGUCCAUUGCAUUUGCAGUACGUAGCGAGUGCCAGCCCCUCCUGGCCGAGGUUUGCGCUACGGCCCUCCGCCAGGCGCCCCAUCCUCAAAUAGACAUUGGAGGGCUGUUGGUGGCGCUAGUCGCGCGUCUUCAGUCGGGUCAGGUCCUUGGCAGCAUCCUCACGUCCACCCAGCACAUCGUCUCAGAGCUAGAGCGUGUGGUCACUGUCAUAGACGCCCCUGCCCCUAUGUAA